UGUGAAGGCGCCUCUUCCGGUCCGUAUCAACCCCUCUGCUCCGCUCCUUUACCGCGGAUCGGUCCCGGUGCUCCGGUGCGGCUCUGCUCGGCCUGCUCCCCGUCUGCAGCGGCUCUGAUCGGUCACGGUCGGACCUCGUGCUUCAGGAGUUAGUCUGCUCCCGGCUCCUUUGGUGUGGACGCCUUUGCCACUGGGUCUGGUCUAAUUCCUGGGACCUCCACCCCCUUCUCCUCCUCCUCCCCAAACCCCCCUCGCCGUCUCCCCCUCGGCCUCCCCGGUAUCGCCCCCCCCUCCUUCCCCCCCGCGGCCCGGAGCUCCACCUGCCGACCCCCCCACCGACCUCUGCUGACCCCUGCCGACCCCGCUCCUGUACUGCCCCCGGGAUCGUCACCGUUACUGCCCCCCGCUCUACCUGGUUGUCGUGGUAACAGCAUCAGAAGUUUUUUACCAAAUGAAGACGCCGUUCAAAAACUCCGUCCCCAGACCUCCAGGUGAUGGAGGACACUCUGGAGUCUCUGUAAACAUGAUGAAGAAGAAGAACCCUCACAAGAAGCAGAAGACGAGUGUUGGUGCGAGUAAAGCCCUGGCUCAGACUCAGAGGAGGAACAUCGUGGGCUGCAGAAUCCAACACAUCUGGAAGGAAGGCAGUAAGUCGUCUCUGUGGAAGGGCACGGUCCUGGACCAGGUCCCCGUCAACCCGUCUCUGUAUCUGAUCAAAUACGACGGCUUCGACUGCAUCUACGGCCUGGAGCUCUUCUCCGACGAAAGAGUCAUCAACCUGGAAAUCCUCCCAGACAGAGUGGCGCCGUCUCGCGUGGCCGACUCGCCCCUGGCCGACACGAUGAUCGGAAAAGCGGUGGAGCACAUGUUCGAGACGGAGGAGGGGCCGAAGGAGGAGUGGAGAGGGAUGGUCCUGGCCCGGGCGCCCAUCAUGACCUCGUGGUUCUACAUCACCUACGAGAAGGACCCGGUGCUCUACAUGUACCAGCUCCUCGACGACUACAAGGAGGGAGACCUGCGCAUCAUGCCCGACAACAACGAGGGCGGUGCAGAGCGAGAGCCGGGGGAGGUGGUGGACAGUCUGGUGGGCAAACAGGUGGAGUACGCCAAAGAGGACGGAGGCAAACGCUCGGGGAUGGUCAUCCAUCAGGUGGAGGCAAAACCCUCGGUUUACUUCAUCAAGUUUGACGACGAUUUCCACAUCUACGUGUACGACCUCGUCAAGACGUCGUAAGAACAACAUGAGAAGAACAUGAGCAGAACAUGAGAACAGACUCGUGAGAGCCCAGCACCUGAAGGACUCGAAGCAUCGGAACACGUUUCACAAAGAACCUCUACUCCGUUUUAUUUUGCGCUGACUCAUUAAGUCAUUAAAAAUAUAUUUCUAUUUUAACAUGUAGCUUCGUAAAGAGCGAGUAGGAGUCAAACUCACAACCUCCAGGUUCACCACUCUGCCACACGGAGCACGUGCACGUUCCUCCCAGAGAGAUCAGGAGUCAAACUAACAACCUCCUCACUGAGACGAGGGGACAGUAACGAGAAAGAACCAGCUUAGUCCUAAACUAAACGUGACUGAAGGUCUGAACCAGGUCUGGACUGAACCAGGACUAAACCAAGACUAAAAAAGAGUAGGUCAGAAAUGAGUAAAGUCUGCGAGGUCAGACUCAUGACUGAUCCGGUCUACGCUUUUAUCCCUUGCCUGGAAUGUUCCGCAGUGUGGCAUUUAACAAAUUCUAUUUAUGUUACUACAAGUGUAACAUCUUGUAUCUUUCUGUGAGCGGGGUCUGCUCUCCACAGAUCUGACCUGUAACGCGACCUGAUGGUGUCCCCGUGGAGAAAGGCGAGACUAAUGCAGAAUACUGCGGAACAUUCCGGGAAAAGCAAUAACAUCUCCAGACCAUAAAUGUUACAUAGUGAAGCUUUUGAGUCCUGGCUGAGUCCUGGCUGAGUCCUGGCUGAGUCCUGGCUGAGUCCUGGCUGAGUCCUGGCUGAGUCCGGGCUGAGUCCGGGCUGAGUCCGGGCUGAGUCCGGGCUGAGUCCGGGCUGAGUCCGGGCUGAGUCCGGGCUGAGUCCGGGCUGAGUCCGGGCUGAGUCCGGGCUGAGUCCGGGCUGAGUCCGGGCUGAGUCCGGCGUCGGGAACUACACCGGAAGCCGUCAUCUCAUGUUUCCAAACGUCUUCCUGGUUUGUGACGUCGGCGUGACCAGAGCCAGUUUUCCGAAAAUAUAUAAAAACCAAGAUGCAAAACUGUAGCAACUCGACAAACCUGAUACGACGUGCCGUAGUUUAGUCGGCGGAGUGGACGCUGUCUGUGUUUCGAUGGCGCUCUGAAGGAAAACGAAAGUGAAUAUUGCAUUUUCAAAACGAUAAAAGGUCAACGUUAUGAUUUAAGUGUGUUACGUUUUUCCGUUAAUAUCAUUUUGAAGUGUAAAAACCCGUAAUUUUUCGACUUGUUUGGCCGGUUUAGAGGUUCUUUAUGCAAAGUGUUGGUGCAUUUUUGAAUCGCCGUUUGGGUUCGGACUCCUGAGACCUGCUUGGCUCCAGACUUUUGGGGUCUAUGAAGGAACGGACCAAGAACUUACAGAUCACAGACUCUGCUGCUGCUGCUGCUCGGACUACGUUUCUCAUGAGCCCUCACUCCACGCGCGCUUCUAUGGAACUGCCCCCCUGCCGUUUGGAGCGUCCCGACCGAUCGAACGUUCUGGUUUUUGUCCAUAUGUAUGUUUUAAAAGCUGAAAUAUUUAGAGUCUAUCCAUUUUUACUUUUUUUAUAUUGACAUUUUGGCGACGCAUGUGGUUCAGAGGCCUUCAUUUACCAACGCGGUUUGUUUUUGGACCACACGUUUGAGGAUAAAAGAUUUGAUUUUAUUUACAGCGGAAAUCGAAGGGGCUUUCAGUAGAUUUGAGUCCAGAUUUUGUCCCUGGUCUAGUCCUGGUUUAGACCCGUUUUAGUCCUGGUUUAAGUUUGGGUUGGACCUGUCUCCGCUCUGUUUUUUGUUUUUUACCUUAAAUCUAACAUUGAACCAGACUUUUUAUAUUAUUUUUUUGGAAUUUGUGAAUAUUUCAAAAAUCAAACCUGUUCCGUCUGAUUUAAAAUUUUAAGUUCAAGACGGCGACAGGAAAGUCUUUUGUUUUGAAAAACCCAGAAUGCGUGAAUGUCCUCAAACGUUUGGUCACAGUUGGAUUUUUACCUCAUGAUUUCUGUUUCACACGAAGCACUUCUGUUAAAACUGGAACUCAAAUAUAACCAACUGAGAACAAGGGGGAUGUCCUGGUUUAGUCCUGGUUUAGUCCUGGUUUUAGUCCUGGUUUAAGUUUGGUUUGGACCUGUCUCCACACUGGUCCAGCCCUGGUUCAGCUCUGGUUCAGUCCUGGUCUAGUCCUAGUUUAAGUUUGACCUGUCUCCAGGUUAGUUAUGGUUCAGAUCUAGUCCAGACCUGGUUCAGACCUGCUUCAGACCUGGUUCAGACUUGGUUCAGACUUGAUUUAGACCUAAUUUAGACCUGGUUUAGCUGUAGUUCAGCUUUUUCCAGACCUGGUCCAGACCUGGUCCAGCCCUGGUUCAGUGCUGGUUUAGUCCUGGUUUAAGUUUGGUUUGGACCUGUCUCCACUCUGGUUUAGUCGUGGUUCAGAUCUAGUCCAGAUUUGGUUCAAACCUGAUUUAGAUCUGACUCAGCUGUAGUUCAAUCUUGGUUUAAGUUUGGCUAAAUCAGGUCUGAACCAAGGUGAAGACGGGUCUAACCCAUAGUUCCGUCCUGGUUUAGACCUGGUUCAAGUUUGGUUUGGACUUGUCUCCACUCUGGUCCAGCUGUUGUCCAGCCCUGCUUCAGACUUGGUUCAGACCUGAUUUAGACCUGACUUAGCUGUAGUUCAGACCAGGUUCAGACCAGGUUCAGACCAGGUUUAGACCUGACUUGGCCAUAGUUCAGUCCUGGUUUAAGUUUGGAUUGGACCGGUCUCCACUCUGGUCCAGCUCUGGUUCAGACCUGAUUUAGAAACUGACUUAGCUGUAGUCCAGCCCUGGUCCAGCCCUGGUCCAGCCCUGGUCCAGCCCUGGUCCAGCCCUGGUCCAGCCCUGAUUCAGACCUGAUUCAGACCUGAUUCAGACCUGAUUCAGAUCUGACUUAGACCUGACUUGGCCGUAGUUCAGUCCUGGUUUAAGUUUGGGUUAGACCUGUCUCCACUCCGGUCCAGAUCUGGUCCAUCCCUGGUCUAGCCCUGGUUUAGACCUGAUUUAGAACCUGACUUAGCUGUAGUUCAGACCAGAUUCAGACCAGAUUCAGACCAGAUUCAGACCAGAUUCAGACUAGAUUUAGACUAGAUUUAGACCUGACUUGGCUGUAGUUCAGUCCUGGUUUAAGUUUGGGUUUAGACCUGUCUCCACUCCGGUCCAGCUCUAGUCCAGCCCUGGUCUAUCCCUGGUUCAGACCUGAUUUAGACCUGACUUGGCUGUAGUUCAGUCCUGGUUUAAAUGCGGGUUAGACCUGUCUCCACUCUGGUCCAUCUCUGGUCCAUCUCUGGUUCAGUCCUGGUUCAGUCCUGGUUCAGUCCUGGUUCAGUCGGUCUGGUUUAGUCUUAGUUUAGAGAUCUGGUUUAGACCUGGUUUAAGUUUGGGUUGGAUCUGUCUCCACUUUGGUUUAGUUGUGGUUCACACUUCGUCGAGCCCUGGUCCAGACCUGAUUUAGACCUGAGUUAGACCUGAUUUAGCCGUAGCUCAGUCCUGCUGUGGUCCCGGUCCAGUCCCGGUGUAGUCCUGGUGUGGUCCUGGUGUGGUCCUGCUUAAGCCCUCACACAUAAACUCAUCAUCUCUUGUAGCUAAACUUGGGGAGGUUCAAACUUUGCCUUCUUGAUUCUCAUUGGUGGGUUUGACUGGUGGGCGGGCCUCAGUCAGCGGUUCUGCGUCCUGAUUGGUGCGUUUGCAUGCCUUUCUCUUGUAUUUACUGUACAUUGGUGCGCUGCAUGUGUAUCGUUGGUUCUUUUCGGCUGACUUCGUCUCGUGAAGAAUAUUUUAUAUGAUUUUAAUCGUUUUUUUCGCUGUUUGUGGCUGAAAAUCUGUUUAUUAUUGUCUUUAAAAUGUGCCAAGUUCAAAAAGAAAGUGUUGUACAGAAAACU